AUGGAGGCUCCCGUGAGUGCAAGUGGAUCCGAUGUUGUCUGGACUUUAUGUGAGAAACUCAGGUCCGAACGCCUGUUGUUGUCAAGUGAAAUGGAGACCGUCGUACAAUUGCACACACAAAUCGCCGAUCGGAUGAUCGAGUUGGGAAUAAAUGAGUGGAGCUCACAACAGCAUCAAGUAACAUUCAAUCGCCUGCUCAACUCGCACGAAUUGGUCAAACCUGAAACGACUUGCAAGUUGAUUGGACGAGUGAAUGCGCCGAGAUGGACAGAAGCCUAUAAAAGACUUGAGUAUCAUUGCUCAAACUUCGAAUCACUUCUGAGUUUAUUUUUCAAAUCACCCCGAGCCGCGGCUGAGUUUCUGAAUGCCUGUGAAGCGUUGACACAGGACGAAAAUGUGACAACAGAAGAAGUGAUUCGAUCGAUUUUCUCGUUGAUUUAUGGUCAUUGCCUCUUUCCGAGUGAUGAACGACUGAUACUUGAUGUCCUUAAAUAUUUAAUUGAUAUGCAAGUUGUCCGCCAUGUGAAUCCUCGACUUUCCAUUAGAAAAGGAACCUCCUCAUUUUGUCGCCUCUACAAGCUUUUCACCGAGAAUCUAUUCCCAGCAAAGAUAUUUCUAACAUCCGCCUUACAUGACCCAGUGAUGCUUGUGCUUUGUCAGGAAGAUAUAUUUCUUGACCUCGACCCUGCCAAAUCUCCACUUCGUUUCCCAACCGCGGAACGAGCGAGGCGAUUUGGAACUGAUCCUCAAAAUCCUCAAUAUCAGAAGAAAGUCGCUCAACAUCGAAAGAUAAUUGUUGAAAAGAUUGUUUUGCUUGCUCAUGCUUUUGUUAAAGGAAUCAGCGAUUCAUUGGUAUGCUUCCCGGCAAGCUUAACAUGGCUAGUUCAACAAAUGUACAACUCACUCGUUGAUUCGGGAGCAACAAAAGAGCAUGCGAUAUUGAUAUGCACGGAUCUUGUUGUCACCAAUCUACUCUGUCCGGCUAUCACAAACCCGGAAAGCCUGGGAAUCAUCAGUGAUACACCCGUUGGACACAUUACAAGAUUCAAUCUGAUGCAAAUGGGUCAACUUGUUCAAAUGUUGGCUUUACAAAAACACGAGCAACCACCACCGCACAUGCAGUUUCUCUCAUUACAAUUUAAAGACAGUCCAAUCUGUGAUAUCGUGGCAAGUCUGUUGAAUCGACGAUUACCUGAACUUGAUACAAUGUUCCCGCCUGUUGUUGCCGAAUCGAAUAGAGGCGAUGAGUUGUUCAAAAGGACACACUUUCUUGGGUCACUUUACGAAGUCAAUUCCCUCCUAUUCGCUGUUCGAAGUUCGGCAGUUGAGAAAAUCGUGGAUGCGAAUCUGAGGAAGGAUUUAAAAGAAUACGUAAGACGAAUGCCCGUUUCUUUCUCUACACCAAUCGAUCACACAUCUCACCAAAACGCAAGCACCGAACCAAGAACGAAAAUUCAACAGUUCACCGAGAAGGUCCAAAGCGCAAGAAGUCUACUGGCGAUGCAACAACCAACAUCACCAACAGCUGAAACAGGGCCUCAAACGGUUGAGCUACCACCCGAGUACUUUGACAUUGUUGUUUUCAGAUUGUUCAAUGAUGAUGAACGACUCGGCUUACAACCCGAGGACAAAUUUAUGGACUCUAUGAGGCACAAGAAUUCGAGAACUCACAAGUUGAGCACUGGAGAUCGAGAAAAGAAAACUCGAUUUUUGGACAAUGCUAGUACAGUUGGAUCAGCAAUAUCCGAGGGUACUGAUGCACCGGCUUCUGAUAUGGAGGAUAAUGAUGGUGAUGUCGGAUCGUUGAGCAGCAGCAUGGACCAACCGCAUGAGGACAGAUUCAGACUUCUACUACUUGACGAAGACGGAACAUCAACCUUGCCAGAUAAUAUGUCUGAUGUUGGAGCGAUGAGUGGUAGGGGAAGCCCGAGUUUGAGUGGACGAGGCUCGCCGUUGAGUCAAGUCGGGCAACGAGAUCAACAAGGGGUUGUGGAAGAAAACGACGAAACUGAGGCUGAAGUAGCAGCCGCUUCGACAGCAGCCGGUGAUAUGGGAGAUCCAGCAAGACACGCUUUACCGCCUCUACCUGUCACUGUUCGAAAACAAAACGCUGAGGGUUUAGAGGAGAAAUUUGGAAAGUUCAGCCUUCCCUCGUCGCAAUCGGGCAGAAGAUAUCGUGACGAUCAAAGGUCUCUGCUUUCCGAUUCUUGGUCUACGGAUGUUGUGGCAUCAGACAAUGAAGGGCCUGGACCGUCAUUGCCUUUACCGCCUGGCGAUAACUUGGCUCCCGGUGGCCCACGGGUGGGAAGGCAUGCAAUUGGACGAUCUGGCUCAAUCGGUGGACAAAACCAGGGAGCAGGAAACGAAGAUCGAAGUGACACCUGGAGUCUUGACGCUGUUGCAAGUGACAGUGAAGCUGAUGGAGCUAGGGAAAGAGAUCGAGAGGUCGAUCGAGAAGUGCAACAUAAUCAACAACUAGAAGCCAACAAUCCGGCUAACAAGCCAAUCAUUGUCAAUGCUAAUCCAUCUGAAAAUCUGAUUUGCUUGGAUCCAUCACCGGCACCCAGAGAAACAUCGAAUGAUGGCGAGAGAAUGCGGCGACAAAGUAGCGGCAGCUCUUUCUUAUCUCGUUCUGAUUUGGAUUCAGAUGCAGGGUUAUUACGAGAAAUUGAUGACGUUCAACCAGCUUCAAAAGCCGCUUCAACUGCUCCACCAGCUCUUCCACCUCGGCCUUCAAUGGGAACACCGACCCCACCAGAAAUUCCACCGCGUCCAAAUGUUGAAGAUCGUCGAUCAUCUUCUGUUGCUCAACUCGGAUCACCUUCCCAAUCAGAGACCUCAGAUUCGCGACCAGGUCCAUCCGGAAUCUCAACUUUCUCAAGUGCAAAUCUGCGUGGAAAGAAGACGGCCCUGUUCCAAGGAUUGCGAAAUGUUGGUGACAAAAUUGGAGACAGAAUGCGCAAAGGAAUGAAUUCAACAACGUUACGACAGAUACCCCAUUCUUCGACAAUUUCUGACAUUCUGGGAUCAUUCCCAGGCGAGUGGUCCGGCGAAAAUCCACAGCGUCGAGGAAGCGAGCCAAAAAUACCAGUGUCCGGCAGUCAACCAACAAAUUUGCAUAAAAUUGCGCAACAAUCAGCUGAUGACAUUUUGAACAAGUACAAGACUCGUAAGCCAUCAGUCGUGUUGGUGGAUUCAUCCGGAGAACCGCCAGAAAUCGAAGCACCCGCUCCACCACCGAAUGCUCCAUUGUACUAUGAUCCGGAAAAUCUGUCUCAAUGUCGAGCGUUCAUCGAUGCCAAAAGAAAACUUCGUCAUGUUCUUAGCAACAUCGGCACUUUACCGUCUCCUGUGCUGUUUUCUAGAAGAGAAGGACUUGUUGCUGCUGAGCCUUUGUCUGAGCGUCUUCAAUUGCUAAGGCUUCUACGAGUGCUUCUCGCUGAGGCAAUCAAUACAAGAGAACAGGUCCUUUCCGCUCACAUUCGUGAAGUAAUACGAGUGCUGGCUUUCUUUGAUGACAAAGGAAUUCGAAAGCUUUUGCGGAUCUUGCGAGACGAGCACCGUAAACGAACAUCCUACGUGCUUUACUUGCAACAAUCUCGCCUCACUCUUCUUCGCCUUUUAACCCAUAUUGGACGACUUGACCAAAGAGUGAACAAAGAGCGAACGUUGAUUCGUGAGUGUGUUGUCGAAUUCCUUGUCCGAUUCUAUCUGGACAACCAUGAUCACACACAGAAACGAUUACUAAGUGAAUUUAGUCAACUUCAACUACAGGAUGAGCGUACCGACUUGCUUCACAAGACUUUAAAAGCAAUGUCUCUACGGCUUGCUGAGAAUCUCAUGUGGAGAGAUGGAUCUCAGGAUAUGUUGGAUUUUGCGAACAAAACCGUUGAAAGGGUCAUCAUGGCGCAGAUUCAUAAUAUUGCCUUCUAUCCGAAUGUGGAAGCGGAUAUUUAUCGGGAUGACGUUCUACAUCGAUCUCUGACUCGUCUAGCACGCACCAUCACCCCCGAUCAUCCGAUGCUCCACAUUCCAAAGGAACUGCAAGGCGAAGCACCAUGGCCAUCCGCUCAAGCUGAUAUAGAGAUUUUGAACGCAUACAAGAGUCCAAGGGACAAGCUACAGUGUGUGGUUCGAGCGUGCAGCACCAUCUCGAAUUUGAUUGCUUUGGCACCAGGUGCAGGUCCUGCAGCGGCUGAUGAUCUUACUCCAGUGCUUGUCUACGUUUUGAUUCAAGCCAAUCCACCAGCUCUCCUCUCAAAUGUUCAAUACGUGCAAAGCUUUUGUCUCUCCGAUAUGGAAGGAUCGGAUUUGUAUUGGUGGACGCAAUUCACUGCAGCAAUCGAAUUUAUCAAGACACUUCUC